GAACGCAGCGCGCUACGCAAAAAUGGCGGAUCGGUUAACGUCGCUCGUUCAACGUGUAGAAAAUUAAAUAGAAAAAUCGCUAAUUUUAAGUGAAAAUGUGAUAUUAAUGAAUUAAAACAUCAGGUGUAGUGUUAUUUAAGUGCUCUCAAACAUGUGUCGGACAGGGAUGUGUGUUUUUGGCAUUGCAAAUUGGAUUUUCUUGCUGGCUUGUCUCUUGUUUACAUACGUUGAAGGUGGCGAAGUCCUCGACCCUGGCCUGACCUUCACCGCCGAGCCCCAAGACGCCGUGGUCUCAGAAGGUGGCUCCGUCACUUUGGCAUGCUCGGUGCCGUCAAGACACUCGCCCAGAAUCAGUUGGAGACACAGCGCUGCUGGAAUCCCGACCAGGGAUCACGCUCUGUCUUUGGGAGACCUGAACAGGAGACAGCUCACCAACGGUUCGUUAGUUAUAGAGAAGGUAUCGGCGUCCCUUUCCGGCCAGUAUCAGUGCGUGGCGACGGCAGAUGGCGUUGGUACGGUCGUGUCUAGAAUCGCCACUGUCUUCCUCUCUGAGCUACCAGUCCUGAUCCCGGGCCCUCGCUCCGUCCUCAGCGCCCUGGGCGCCACAGCUCUCCUCACUUGCACCAUGAGAUCCAAAGAUCCCCGGGUGGCGCUUAAGGUGCAGCCGAUAGCCAGCUCCCCCCCCGAUAGGAGGGUGUAUGGCUCCACCAGGGUGCACAAUGCGCCGCCAACAUUGAAACUUAACGUCACCUGGUUGAAAAACGGCACCCCUCUCAGAAUGGAGACGGGUCGCAUGUCGCUGACGGCCAGCGGAGCCCUGGAACUGGACGCCCUGAGACUCCACGACGCUGGGGAGUACGCCUGCCGCGUGGCCAUUGACGACAAGACGUUUACAACGGGCACAGCUACAGAACUGGUAGUGAGCGAAGCGGCCAGUGCAGAGUCACCUCCGAGGUUCAUAGCGACACCACACCCCCUCACCGUGUUAGAGGGUGCAACGGCGACGUUCGACUGCGCAGCCGCAGGGAAUCCUAAGCCGGAGAUCACUUGGCUCAACAAUGGAAUAGCUAUAGACUUGAGCGACCUGGACUCCCGCCUGUACCUGAGCGGCGCGGGCACGCUGGUGGUGCAGUCUGCGCGCGCGCCGGACGCGGGCGGCUACACGUGCCGCGCGCACAGCCGGCUCGACUCCACCGAUCAUACUGCCGCUCUGACUGUAUUGACGGCGCCCCGCGUGAGCGUGCCCGCGGCGGCGCUGGCGGCGCGCGCGCGCGGCGACGCGGUGCUGGCGUGCGCGGCGCGCGGCCGGCCCGCGCCCGCCGUGCGCUGGCUCAAGGACGGCGAGCCGCUCGCGCACAACCACCCGGACCUCACCUCCGGCCGUACGUCCCUUCGCAUCCAAGGCGUGCUGAAGGUGGACGCGGGAAUGUUCGCGUGCGAGGCGACCUCCAGCGCGGGGUCAGCGGUGGGAUCGCUCCGGUUGAUGGUGCUGCCACCAAAGGAUGUACCCGACCCGACCCCUCCCGAAGACUAUCUGGACACGACGUGGUCCCCCGAUUUCCUCGGCGAGACGUCGUCCGCAUUCACGGCCUCGCCUGACGUUUCCUUGACAGAGCCUAGCCUGGAGUCGCUGCCGGAGAACGAGACGAUCGUGAGCCAGCCGAGGGAGUUCAAAGCUGUGCUGGUUAAGCAUAGAUUCGUGACAUUAAGCUGGCAGGAACCUGACACGAAAGCUGAACAGCUUUUAGGAUACGCCGUGAUAUACAGAGUCAAGGGUAGCGAAAGAGAGCGAAUGUCUCUGGGCAACUCCCAGCGCCACGAGAUGAACGUGCCCUCGUCACCAAACACAACCUACCAGUUUUCAGUGCUAGCUUAUACUGAACACGCUGUUUCGCCUUCAUCUGAGACAAUAGAGGUCACGACCCCCGAAGAGGAACUUACGUACGGCCCUCCUAGAAACGUCAAAGUGGAAGCUGUUGGACCGCACGCUGUGAAGGUCACGUGGUCACCGCCGACCUCCAAUGCGCCGGAGCCUACUAAAUACCAGAUACAUUGCACUGAGGUGGACACAAAUCGCGAACAAGUGCAACUAGUGGACGCCACGCCCUCCGCCCCGCCCCCCGCCCCGCUGUCCGCCACUGUCGGCGGGCUGCGCGCCGCCACCCGCUACUGGGUGGCGGUGUCGGCGGAGGGCGGCGCCGCCAGCGCUCCGGCGGACGUCAUUACCGGCAGCGACGCGCCGGCCGCGCCGCCGCUCAACGUCACGGCCAUAGCCAGCGGGGCUAAUUCGAUCCUGGUGCGCUGGGAGCCGCCGCCGGCGCGCAGCCAGCGCGGCGCGCUGACGGGCUACAAGCUGCGGUACCGCGCCGCCGCGCGCCGCAAGCCCUUUGUGCUCACCACGCCCGCCGACCGCCGCCGCGCCGAGCUGCGCGGCCUGGACACCGCCACCACCUACCAGAUCCGAGUCUGCGCCAUGAACGCCAACGGCUCAGGUCCGUUCAGCGAGUGGGUGACGGCGAGCACUCAGCAGCAACAGCUGGACGAGAGCCGGGUCCCGGGGAAGCCGCCGCCGCUGUCCACGCGAGCCGGCCGCGACUGGAUCUCGGUGUGGUGGUCGGACGAGGGUCUGUCUCCGGAGGUGGUGGUGAGGUCGUACUGGCUGGGCUGGGGGCUGGGCGUGCCUGAUGAGCAGCAGAGGCAGCUCAGCCAGCAUCAGCACUCCAGCGUCAUCAGGGGACUUGAAUCGAACUCCGAAUACGUUAUCUCCCUGCGCGCGGCCAACGCCCUCGGCCCUGGCCCGCCCGUGUACGCCACGGUGAGGACUAAGCCUCCCGCCGCGGAGGGCGAUGACCUCGAAGAGGAGGAGGACGAGGAGGAGCGGGGGGAACUGGACGAGGAGGACGAGGAGGAAGCGCCGCCUCUGAUACCGCCUGUGGGGCUGAAGGCUAUAAUGCUGAGCGGUUCAACAGCAGUUGUCUAUUGGACGGAUCCGACGCUUUCAAAGGGGCAGUCCGCGACUGACGGCCGCCGCUACGUGGUGCGCUGGGCGGCCGCGGGCGGCGGACGGGUUAAAACGUUCAACGCGACCGAUCUCAACUGUAUGAUCGAUGAUUUGAAACCCUAUACCACGUACGAGUUUGCUGUUAAGUUGAUCAAAGGAGGUCGCGAGUCCCCCUGGUCGAUGCUGGCCAGCAACACGUCGCUGGAGGCGCCGCCCGGGCCGCCGCGCGAGCCGCGCGCCGCGCCCGCCGCGCCGCCCGCGCGCGCGCUCGACCUCAGCUGGGCCGCGCCCGCCAAGCCCAACGGGCGGCUCACCGGCUACGUAGUAAUGUACGCAGCGCAGCGCUCGGGCCCCGAGGAGUGGACGGCGCUGGCGGUGCCCGGGGAGCGAACGCGGGCCCGCGUGGAGCGCCUGCGCCCGCGCACCACCUACAGCUUCAAGGUGCAGGCCAGGAACAGCAAGGGGCUGGGGCCGUUCUCGCAGACCGUGACGUAUACUACCGCUAUGGAGGCGGGGUCCGGCGGCGGGCUGGCGUCCGCCACGUCGGCGUGGCUGUGGGCGAGCGCGGGCGGCGCGCUGGCCGUGCUGGCGCUGGCGGCCGCGCUGGCGCUGUCGCUGUGCUGCAGGCGCGCCCCGCCGCCGCUGUCGCCCGACACCAGCACUUACCAGAAAUCCUCGGCGUCCGCCGCCAUCAAGCCGCCCGACCUCUGGAUCCAUCACGACCAAAUGGAGCUGAAGCAUAUGGACAAGAGUCUACAUAGUUCAGCUAUAUCUGGCGGCAGCGCGGAAGGCAGCGCGCUGGUGUCGUCCACGUUGACGCUGCGCGCGCCGCCCGCCGAGUACGAGCCAGCGCGCGUGGCCCCCCCCGCCUCGCUGGACAGGCGCCACUACGUGCCCGCGUAUGUCGACCGCCGCUCCCCGUCUUGCGCGGGCUCCGACGAUACGCGCGCGUCUCCCGCGUCCGGCCUUUACGACAGGUAUAGGUGCGACCGGUGCGAUUAUAAACCGAUGACAGGCGUGGGUUGCAGCGCCACCUGCGACCGGAGGCCGCUCCGACCGCCGCAUCCGGACCAGAGCACGCCGCUGCUGGCGGGCGUGGCGUCGCCGCAGUCCUCGAUGGCGUCGCUGCACCCGCCGCCCGCGCCCUGCGGUGCGGGUUCGUGCGGGCUGGGCGCGGCGUGCGGCGCGGCGAACGGCGCGGCGCCCGCCGGCGACAUCUACGCGUGCGCCGCGCGCGAGCGGGGGCACUAUGUGGCCUAUGAACCUUUGGGGCACUAUACACACCGCGAGUCGCUGAGUGGCGCGGCGGGCGGCGCGGGCGCGGCGCUGGGCGGCUCGCUGCCGGCGCACGCGCGCGCGCUGCACAGCUUCGCGCUCGACCCCGCCAGCGACCACAGCACGCCCGACCAUUCCAGAGGCAGCGUGCGGGAGACGUCUCCUUACAAGAAGAGCGCAAGUUCAUCCCCGGGACAUAUACCUAACAGAUUGCAACUUGGAGCUGGCGUGCCGCACUGCGCCGAAGAAUUAGAACCCCUUACACCGUCCCGGUCCACGGAGAGGCUGCAUCGUGAAAUGCAGAACCUCGAGGGUCUGAUGAAGGACUUGUCUGCCAUCACGCAACAACAGUUCCACUGCUAGUGCACCCAAAACCCAUGGAUUUUUAACAAAAACCCAUGGACUAAAGACCGCGACCCUUGGACGAGCUUCGACCCGUGCACGUCUUAUUUCAACGCGUCUAGUUUCGAUUUCAACCCGUGGGGCUGUGAUGAGACGAUCGACUUUUAGGGGGUUGAUUUGGAUUUGUAGAAUUGGACGUUUUAACAUAGAUUUACUUGAAGAGAGUAAAAUGAGAAGGCUUUAAAAUUAAUUGUUCGUUCGGCAAAAUGACAUGUAGCAUUUUUAUACGACACACGAUAAGAUUUUAAAUACAAUGAUAAAUAAAUUAAAAAUGUCCCUAAAAGUAAUGGUGAUCGUUAUAAAAAUAAGACAAUUUGCUAAAAUAAUAUUUUUACAUGACAUUUUGCGAAUGAAACAUUAUAAAAACCAACGAAACUGAAAUAAAAGUAAUCCUUAAAAUUUUUCUACAAAAUAAAAUCUAAGCUCAAAUCUAGAAAGACUGGUAGGUAUUUCUAGAGGAAUAAAUUCUAGAUAAUUCUUCUUUUAGAUAAAGAAAAAUCUUUUACUAAACUUAAGUGUCAUUUUUGGCAAUUAUAAAAAAGACUUGAUAACAUGAUCUCAGGAUUUGAAUGAAAACCUCGACCUGGUGAAAAUUUAAUGUUAUUAUUUUAUAUUUCUGAAAGACUAAUGACAUUUAAAAAAACAUAGAUGCUUUAUGAUAUGAAUCUGUAGAAAUAAUAGUUAAAAUCUUAAAAUGUCUAGAUAUUAUUAUAUUAAACAUUGCAUAUAGAUACAAAAAAGGCAUUUUAGUUUUAUCUUUUACUAACAAAUGGCAAUUACAAGGAGAUUUAAAAUCAAACAUUUCAGAAAUAUAAAGUAAUGACUUAGAAAUAUAAAUUUAAAGAGGUGGUACCCUAAAAUUCCAAUUACGACUUAGGUAAUUUAAGAAAAAAUAAAAUCACAAUUAGUGUUUUUUUUAGUACUUUUUAUCGAUUAGAUAAAUGUUUAUAUUCUAAACUCUUUUUGUAUUAUACUAUUAUUGUAUUUAAUGUAAAGCUAGUCAUGUAAUAAGCGUAAUUAAGUCACCCAUAAAAUGUAUACUUUUGAAACGGAGAAAAUUAUAAAUUGAUUAUAGUCCGUUUAAUUUAACGUGUAUUCGUUAAAUUGGCUACCUUGACAGCGAAUAGUCUAAAAUCUACAUUAUUGUAAUAAUUUUAAGAUUGAUAUGACAUUGUAUAUUUUCAAGUUAUAUAACUUCAUAAUUUUUCAAUAUCUUUUGUCGGAAAUACAUUUUUCGACGAAGAUUUAUCGCACGAAUGUAAAUAAUUUGUAACUUAAAUUACUUAUUAUUAAUAGUUGAUAGGCACAUCGAUUGGAGAAAUUAAACUAUUUUUGAGAAUGAAAAUGGCUGACACCAACAUUAACUUGCAGCAUUUAAAUAAAAUAUAAAUUAAGGAUUAGUAAAGUUAUGUUAAAUAAGCAAAAAUGUCGCAACUUGAUCAACUUUUAAAUUCCAAAAGUCAAAUUUCGAAAUUUUUUUAAAUUAUUAUGUGAAAUUUAAAACAUCACUUAAUAAUUAUCAUAUCUUUUGGUUUCACAACAUUGGUUGACGUCAGAUAAAUAAUUUAAAACUGAGUUUACGCUGCUUUCAAAGCGUCAGUGCAGAAGAAGCGGUAACAAACUGCACUGCAGCAUGAUCUUCAAUAACGUCAACUCAAAACACCGAGUAGCAAAUGGUGUGAUUCAUUAAAAACUUUAUGGACAAAACAUCAUAUGCAGUUAUGAAUCUAAGAAAAACUUAUAAACGCAAAAAAAAAGUAAUAAAUUCUUCAAUCGAUUUUCUUUAGUAUUUCAGUCCUCGCGUUUCGACGUUAUCCAGUGUAAAUACGCCCUUAUUUUACGUAAUCCUUAUAAAUUAAUUAGUCUUAAGUAAUUUUGUAUUUAUAUUAUUAAAAUAACACAAACUUCGGUCACAUAAUGUAAUCUAUUGUAUAUUUAAAACAAGAUCAUUUGUAAUUUUUUUUAUCAUUUUUUUAAUAUUAUUUAAUUUUUAAUUCACGGGUGCUAUUCGCAUCUUCUCUCCGUAUUUUUUAUACACAAUUAUCUGUAUAUUAUAUAUGUCUAGGAUAACGGAAUAUUUAGUUCAUUACAUAGUUUAUUAUACAGGGUUAACAAAUGCAAACAUUUAUCUACUAACUAGCUUAGACCAUCACAACUUAUCUAUGGUGCAACCUUUGAAAUCGCAAAAAAAAUCAGCUGUUCUAUUCAUUUUGCCGCGGUAGGUAAUUAGGUGGUACUAGUCCUUCGUCUCGAACUUAUGACUUGGUGAAAACAAUUUGUACAACAUUGUAAAUAUCUCAGAAACCAUUUAACCUAUUUUGUUGUACCCGCAGAUUUAAAAAAUUCUAUUGUCAUAUUCUACAUUUGUAAAAUUCAGACCAGCGGUUCGAAAGUUAUUGCGUUACAAGCAUACAAUACAUACAUACAAAAACUGUAUUUUCGCCCCAAGUUGAUUGGUAGAAACUCGCCUGAAAUUGUUAAAAGAAUAGAAUAGAUUUAUUUUCAAAUUUGGAUACAAGGUACCACUUAUUGACGUCACAUCACUUAAAUCUAAUUAUAACUAUUACCGCUUCCAAAGCGCAUGUGUAGAAGAAGCGGCGAAACAAACUAUACUGCAGCAUUUUCAACGGACGUUAAUUUACAAAUAUGGAUCUCUUAAAUCUAAAUUGUGGACGAAUACACAUUGUUUACAUUAAAAAACAUGAAUGAAUGUAGAACUACUCGUAACUAGAAUAACUAAACCAUAAACAUCUGAUAUUUUUCGCGAUUUCGGUGUUUUAAAUGUUGUUCAUUCUGGUGAUCUGAACAAGAAGGUAAAAGGUUUUUCGUUUGGUGUCAGUAACCCUGUAUAAUAACAUUUCUGUGACCACAUUUUUACCAAGGAAUUGUGCACGAAUUGUUAAGAUUGACUUCCAUUAUGGUACUUCCGUAUUUUUUAUUUAUUUAUAUAUUGAAUUGAUUAGGAUAAUAGGAAAUGUGAACAAAAUAUUAAUUUAACACACAAUUCUUCUUUUUUUGUAAUAUUAUUUUUUUUUAUAUAAUAUCACACAAAAUAUAUGUACAGAAAAAGUGUAUUUAUUCGGAUACUGUCUAAAUAAGUUAUAUUUUUUUAAUUCUAAUCAGUUUUAUAUUGUAUGUAUGAAACUGCCAUUCAAUAUUUUUCAAAUGUAUUUGUUUAAUUCAUUAUGAAUAUUUUAACUAUUUGCUCAAAGUAACUGUCUCGAUGGAAUGUUUUUAAAUCAGAAAAAAGUGAGUUGAUUAUCAGAAAUGUUUCAGCGAAGUAUAAUGUGUUGGACGUUAAUUUUGAGUUUGCGCGGGCAUUUCGCGAUGAACAUAACAUACUUGGCUACGUCAAAAAGAUUUUUGAAAUCAUGGUUUUUUUCAUCAUUGUAAUUAGAAGCCCGCAUUUUUAAACAAAUCAGUUAAUAAAGUAAUUAUUGAAAUUAGAAAAAAAAAUGAUAAAGAUAUGGAUAAAACCUAAUUAAGAUAUGUGAAGGAAAAAAGAUAUUGUGUAAUUUUUUUGUCCGAUUCUUACAAAAUGGAAUGUGUAUCUGAUGAUGAUUUGGAAAACAUGCGCUGUUUUGUCUAUGGAAAUAUCGAAUGGUGGCAGUUGCAUCAUUUAGUAUUAACAUGUUUAGUUAUAAGCGAAACUAUUAGACUGAUUUAAUGAUUUUUAUAGUAUUUUAUUUGGUUCUCAGUUAGUGAAUGCCCAUAGAUUUAUUAAAAAAAAAUAUUCUGCGGAAAGGCCGUACGCCUACUGAAAACAUUUGAAUUCGUAUUAAAUUAUAUAAAAAAAAGAUUUUUUUUUCUUAGCCAGUAUUAUUUUUUAAUUUGAUUGAAUGGAAUUGAAUUUUGUUUAAGUAAACUAUAUUUUUCAUAAUACCGUGUUAAAAAGUAAAAAUGCAAUGAAAAUUUUUGUUUAAAAGUGGAGUCGUUCAUUCACAAGAAAAUAUGCGUAAAAAUUAUUAAUUGUAUAUGUAUGUAAUUUGGCAACACUGGUAAAAUGUGCCCUCAACUUGCAAGACUGUUUGUUUGUUUAUUAUAUUUUUUUUUAUUAUUAUUAAUUCGUCUGUAUGUUUUUGUAACUAGGUCUUGUACAAAUUAAGCGAGAUGCCAUACUCUGUAAUAAACUUGUAUUAUUUAUUGA